AAAACAUGCUGAUCCACGCACUGCAUCGCAUCGGGGCCGCCCUCGCCGGCAGUAAAUCUACCCGUGCACCGUCCGAGACUAUGGCGGAGGGAGGCAUGGGUUGAUCGUCUCGGAGCGGCCUGGUGCAUGCCGCAGCCGCAGCCGCCCUAUUCGCCCAGGCUGUCCCGAGAUCCUGAGUUCCUUGUCCUUUGGGCGUGCCUAUCAUACCUUGUCGUAGCCCACCCUCGGUAGUAGGGCUGCAGUACACCAUCAACUGGCUCCCGCGAGGCCAUGCGUGUGCCCAAGGGCCCUCCCCCCACAGCUAUCGAAACUGGCCCACGUAGUUAGCUACCGCUCUGCGCUCUUUGAUUUGGGGGGGGGGAGGGCCGUUCGAUGCCACCCCCUGCGGCUAUUGAUAUGAUAUAUAUCAGUGUGGGCACUUGUCUUCCCCCGGUCCCUUGUUCGUCUUGACCAUCCAAGCCGAACAAUGCCCAUUGAUCUUUUGCACAAUAUCUGUAACCGAACAGGUGUGCUUUCAACAUGGUUGGAGUCCGCGGGAAGUAUAAGGGGUGUGAGACGUGUAGGGCUCGGAGAGUCAAGUGCGACAACGAACGCCCAUUCUGCCGAAAAUGCAUCGACAGCGGCCGCGAGUGCGCUGGGUACGAGCGGGAAAUGGUCUUCAUCACCGCAACCAUAGACGACGCCGGCCGCUGCUCGUCUCAUCCGCCGCGCCAGGUGCAGUCGUCCUCGAGGAGGAGCGGAGGGGGGCAUCAUGCUGAAGAUAUCCCGCCGCGCUUGACACCGACAGAGCCACUGACGCCAGCCUGGGAUGAUUUGGUGUUGCUGUCCGACAACGAUGUCGUGUAUGCGGUGCAGAUCGCGGCUUUGCACACCAGGCUGCAGAGCGUCGCGAGAACGCCCGAGGGGCAGGGCCAGGUCAAGUUUCGGGUGGCCUUGCCAGAUUACUCGCCGGUCGACGUCGAAACCUGGGACAAUGGCAGCAACAUGGACUUGGCGGCGCAUACCAUAGUCAGCAUUCUGCCCACGGGCAGCGAUAACGGUGCCCCCGAGGGAAUCUGCGCCUUUCUGUUCGAGCAAAACACAUCGUCUCUGGUGAUGAACGGUAUCACCCCUUGGGGCGUCCCCCAGGAGCACCUGGACGUUGUCAAGAAACUGGGCCCUGCCCAUUUCCGCCAGUUUCCAGCUCACCACUUCUUCGUCCGAGUGUAUAGGAGCAGCGCUAUCACCCUCGCUCUUCUGCAUAGAAAGGCAACGUUCCUGGCAUCCAUCGAAUGGUGCACUGUCCCGUGGGAGCUGCAUGCCAAGACUCCCCUGGACAGGCUUUUCGACAUCAUCGCCAUUUUGCCGGGCAUCUUGGCUCGAGCCGACCGAACGACACCGUUUUCCGCAACGCUGCAGAGACGGUUGAAGGCCCAAGAACUGUUGGAGGGCUGCUUGCGGCUGGAAAGGAGGCUCGAGGAGUGGGAGUUCUUUGCCCGGGCCCCCACGGCCGAACACCCGUACGCAUACUGGAUAGAAGAUCCAGACGAUCCGGACGCGCAACAGAUCCCAUUUUCAGACAGCCUUGCCUUCAGGGACGGGAUUUCUUCGGUGACGUUCUUGUACCACUGGAUGGCGUUGCUGCUCCUUCAUCGAUGCAUCGAGACCCUGCACCACACCAUCUUCCAGCCCGUGAUUGAGGACUUUCCCCACAUGUACCCCGACCUGCCGCCGAAUUUGCAAAUCAACUUGGCCAGGUACCAGCAACGGCGGGACUUUGCCUCGAGAAUAUGCCGGGCGCUGGACUUUGCGCUGUCGACGAGCGUUCAGCCCGACCUGCUGGCGGCGCCUCUCGCCGUGGCCUUGGAGUAUUACCGGGAAAUCAACGCGUCUUCGAGGGAUGGCGAGCUGGAGAUCAUGUGGUGCGAGAAUUUCAAGCUUCGGUUGAGGUCGAAGGGGCAAGACAUCGCCAAUGUCAUCCAGAGUCGAUCGUGGGCCGAAAUUGGAAGGGGUUGAACGGAGCCGGCUCCCAUUUCGUCUUUGCUGGGUAUGUAUGCACAUGGACGAUGGGCACGCAAGACGAACCUCGAAAACCCCCACACGGUGAUGAUAGGAUAGAUACGGUGGUUUUGGCGCAGGUGCAUUGCACUUCGGCAGCGGGUGGCUUGCGGUACACAUUUGAUGAGCUCCGCCUCUGCCCGCUCAAUCGUCAUGAUGGGAAUGAAUGAGUCUUGAAUUAAGUCCUGUUGAACAGGACAUUGUAGUCAAAGGCAGUUGGCAACACUGUAUGAUGUCUUGCUGUCGCAAAAGCUGCAUUGUAGAAUGCCGCAUACCGAGCCCAAAUGGUUAA